AUGGCACCUACCACAAGGAAGGGAUCUUCAAUAAAGCAGCUGAAAACACAGCUGGAGGAAGUAACUGCUUCAUUCGACGAUAUUUCAGCCUUCAUCAAACGAUUCAAUGAACAAACGACGAUUUCCCAGAUUGAAGUUCGGUUAGACAAAAUCGACGAUAUGUGGGAGAAAUUUAGUGAGACUUUAGUUGAUCUGAAGUCGCACGACGAUUUCGAGGAUGAGGAGAAAUAUUAUGAUAAAUUGAGACGGGAGAUCAGCGAGCGAUACUACGAACAAAAGUCCUUUCUUAAGGACAAAGCAAAGGAGUUUCAUGAGCCAACCGAUUUGAAUCAUUCUGUCCGUGAUCCUUCAAUGUUGGGGGUUCUGGACCAUGUUCGUUUGCCUCAGAUAAAGCUCCAAACAUUCUGUGGGGAAAUCGAUGACUGGUUGAGCUUUCGGGAUCUGUUCAUCUCGCUGAUUCAUUGGAGAACCGACUUACCAGAGGUUGAAAAAUUCCAUUAUCUUAAGGGGUGUCUCCUCGGCGAACCGAAGAGUUUAGUGGACUCACUGAAAAUCACCAAGGCCAAUUACCAGAUUGCUUGGGACAUUCUCUGCAAGCGGUAUAACAACAACAAAUUACUGAAGAAGAAGCAGGUUUAUUCGUUGCUCAAACUUCCGUCCCUCUCCAAGGAAUCUGUGACCGACUUACGAUCUUUAGUGGAAGGAUUUGACCGAAUUGUCCAAACACUCGAUCAAAUCGUGCAGCCAGUGGAUUAUAAAAAUCUGCUGCUAGUAAAUCUUCUCGUAAUACGAUUGGAUCCAUACACCCGCCGUGCAUGGGAGGAAUUUGCGGCUUCCAAGGAACACGAUACGCUGGAGGACAUCACCGAAUUCCUUCGUAAGCGAAUUCAAGUUUUGGAAUCUCUCCCACCAAGACAAGAUGCCAAGACUUCCCACCAACCAGCGUUCCCGCCUAAGCCCAAGGUGACAGCAGUGAAAACCAGCUAUAAUUCGGUGCAAUCCACCGUAGGAAGAUGUGUGGCUUGUAAGGACAACCACCUUCUAUUCCAAUGUUCCGCAUUCCAACAACUCUCCGUGGCGGACAGAGACGCACUGCUGAAAUCAAAUGGACUUUGCCGAAACUGCUUUCGAGCAGGUCAUCGCGCAAAGGAUUGUCAAUCCAAGUUUUCGUGUCGGAUUUGUAAGGGCCGACACCACACCCUGAUUUGCUUCAAGUCGGAGAAGGAUCAUGCUUCAACGGCCGUAGCGGGUGCUGGGAGCAACCAUCCUUCUAGCUCCAAGGAUUUCCAGGAUUCCAGUACUACCCAUGUGGCAAAUAUGGCGGCCACGGACGUUUCGACAUGCAAUGUUACUGGGAAGAUUUCGUCAAGAAUUCUGCUUGCGACAGCAGUUGUCGUCGUCGAGGAUGACAUCGGCACAAGGUUCCAUGCACGGGCUCUUUUGGAUUCAGGGUCGGAAAGCAAUUUUGUGUCGGAGCGGUUAAUCCAAAGAAUGAAGGUCUCCAGAAACCGGGUCGACGUCUCAAUCCAUGGAAUAGGACAAGGAUUAACCAAAGUAAAGCAUACAGUGCAAAUGGUAAUUCGCGCUCGAGCUUCAACCUUCUCGCGAGAGAUGGAUUUCCUUGUAUUACCCAAAGUCACCGUAGAUCUACCCACAACCACAAUCAAUACGGAAGGGUGGACUAUACCAGAUGGAAUCCAAUUGGCGGAUCCGGCAUUCUUCCAAUCCAAGGAAGUAGACAUUGUCCUGGGCAUCGAAGCUUUCUUCGAGUUCUUCGAAACCGGUCGAAGAAUUUCGAUCGGAACCGAGUUACCAAGCCUGACUGAAUCAGUAUUCGGUUGGGUAGUUUGUGGUGGCUCAUCGUCUACGAAACACGUUGAAAUUGGCUGUCAUUUCUCAGCAACAUCCCAGCUCGAAAGGUUAAUCGAGCGAUUCUGGACAUGUGAAGAGGUGGAAUUCCCAAAUUCCCAUUCCCCAGAAGAGCAACAGUGUGAAAGUUUGUUCCAAGGCAAGGUUCGAAGAGGUACAGACGGGCGGUACACUGUUCCUCUACCCAAAAAUGAAGACGUCCUUUCUAAACUGGGCGAGUCGCGGGACAUCGCAUUCCGACGUCUUCUAGGAACGGAGCGUAGGCUGGCAAAAGAUGUUAACUUGCGGAAUCAAUAUGUCUCAUUUAUGGACGAAUACGCUAGGCUCGGGCACAUGCGGAAGGUUGAAGAUUUUGCCAAAGAGACGGUAAAACGGUGUUAUCUGCCUCAUCAUCCGGUGGUCAAGGAGGCCAGUACCACCACCAAGGUGAGAGUUGUCUUCGACGCUUCCUGUAAGACAUCGUCUGGAGUAUCCCUAAACGAAGCACUUCUGGUUGGGCCUGUUGUGCAGGACGACUUAAGAUCUAUCAUCCUACGAAGCCGAACCAAACAGAUACUUCUCGUAUCAGACGUAGAAAAAAUGUUCCGACAAAUCCUUAUUACGCCGACGGAUCGAACUUUGCAGACCAUUCUCUAUCGAUUCACGCCCGACGAGGAAGUUGCGGUGUAUGAGCUUAACACCGUGACGUAUGGAACAAAAUCAGCCCCCUUCCUUGCAACUCGUACGUUGCAGCAGUUGGCAACUGACGAAGAAGUUCGUUAUCCACUCGCAGCAAAAGCAAUCCUCGAGGACGUCUAUAUGGAUGACGUCAUCACUGGGGUGAACGACAUAAGUACGGCCAUUUCUCUCAGAAUUCAACUGACGAGGAUUAUGGAAAGUGGAGGAUUCAGGCUGAGAAAGUGGUCCUGUAACGUUCCUGCAGUUUUAGAAGGUGUACCAACUGAAGACUUGGCCAUUCAGGACAAUACUGGAGUAGAUUUGGAUCCCGAACAAUCAGUGAAAACUUUAGGCCUCACUUGGAUGCCCGCUUCCGAUACCCUCCGGUUUCAGUUCCAAGUUCCACCAUUAGAUUUGGGUAGCCCACUAACAAAACGGCAAAUCCUAUCGCUUAUCGCAACGCUCUUCGAUCCUCUCGGUCUGAUUGGCGCCACAACAGUGUCGGCGAAAAUCUUUAUGCAGCUAUUGUGGACGCUGCGCGAUGCAAACGGCGAUCGAUUGGGCUGGGAUCAACCAGUACCGUCUACGGUGGGUGUAGAUUAUUUUGGACCUGUUUAUAUCCGGCCAGCUCCAAGACGUGCUGCUGUGAAGGCUUACGUGUCGCUGUUUAUUUAUGAUCCGGAUGACCUAGAACCAUUGACUCCAGCACAUUUUCUGGUGGGCUCAUCGUUGCAAGCUAUCCCUGAAGUCGAAUUGCUAUCCAUUCCAUCAAACCGUUUGAACAACUACCAGUUCAUACAACAGAAGCUGCAGCAAUUUUGGGUCCGAUGGCGACAAGAAUAUUUAUGUCAGCUUCAAGCUCGAACCAAGCGUUGGAAGCCAGCAAUAACCGUACAGAAAGGUCAGCUUGUCGUCAUUCGGGAUGAAAAUCUUCCACCGAUCCGUUGGAAAAUGGGUAGGAUUGUAGCUGUGCAUCCUGGCGACGAUAACGUUGUAAGAGUCGUGACCUUGAAGACUGCAGCUGGCGAAUUGAAGCGUCCAGUGGAGAAAAUUUGUGUUUUGCCCACGCCGGACAACCAAGAAGAGGAUUCAUCCGAUGCAGUUUCACCAAUUCCAAUUCCGCAACCCUAA